AUGGCUUUUUUUAUUGUAAUUUUAAUAUUAUUAUUUAUUUAUUUUAUAUUUGAUUAUCAUUUCUGCUCUAAAGGAUUAGUUUUUUAUUUAGGGAAUAAAUCUUUGAAAAUUCUCAAAAAAUGCAAUAAUAUUGAAAAGGUUUAUAGAAGUACUAUAUAUUUAAUGCACCCAUUCCUUCAACAUAUAUUUGUUCAUCUAUAUUAUUUGUAUUUAGAAAAAAAAAAAAGUUAUCUAAAUGGCUUAAUUUCUGAAAAAUUAGGAAAUAAUACAAAUAAUAGUAAUAAUAAUUGUAUUCAUCAUUUUUUAAUUAGAAUUAUUGAGAACAUAAAAAAUUUUAUAUAUAUCAAGUUAUUAAAUAUAUUUAUUUUUAUUGUUGAAUAUACAAAUAUCUACGAAAAUAUUAAUUUUAAUUUUCAUAUUAAUACAAGAGAAGUUUUAAAUAAUAACAAUUUUGGUACAGUAAUUAUUGAUUAUUACUUGCCAAAUGCUACAACAAAAAAAAAAAACGUCAAGGAUGAUAAGUUAAACAAUUCUGAUAAAAUAGAUUUAUAUGAUCUCGUAAAUAUUAACCGGCAAAAAAAGAUAAAUUUAAUUUUAAUAGAUAAUAAAUGGAAACGUAUUUUAAAUAUAGAAAAAGUCGAUGAUGCCAAUGUUCAAUAUUUAUAUUUGCAAGAUACUGUUUUGAUUCAGUAUCUUCAAUUUUCACGGAUUCUUAAUAAUGAUCUUAUAAAAAAUAUAAAUGAUAGAAAUGAAGAUAAAGGAAUCCAAUAUAUAAAAGAAAAAGAAAAAACUUAUAAGGGGGAAGAAAUAAAUAGCAAACAGAAAAAUAUCACUUUAACAAAUAAAGAACCAAAAGAAGAAAUUCAAAGAAAUAAUGUAAUAAAAGAACAAAUAGAUGAAAAACUAAAAUAUAUAAUGAUAAAUACUAGAGAAUUAGAAAAUAAAAUAAAUUUGAAAAAUAAUAUAAUAGCAAAUGAAGAAAUAGAAGAAAAUAUAAUCAUAGAAGAGAAAGAAUUAAAUGAAAAAUUGAAAAAUAAAGAAAAAAUUCAGAAUAAUAAUAAUAAUAAUAAUAUAAAUAAAAAUAAGGAAAAUGUUAUUAAAGAUAAAUUAAAUAUGUACCUUAAUCAUUUGAAGUAUAAAAAUAUAAAAGGAAUUAUUAUUAUAGUGCCAGAAAUAUUUUAUAACUAUAUAAAUAUAAAGGAUAUGAAAAAUAAAAUCCCCUUAUAUUAUUUUUUAACAAAAGAUAUAAAGAUUGAUUCUUUUACAAUUAUAGCAAAGUUAUUAGGUUAUAUUUGCGUUCACAUACAUAUAAACGUUAAUUUUGGAUUAUCAAUUCCAUUUAUAUUUAAAACUAAAAAUACUAAUAUUUUUAACCUAUCAAAUAAUUUUAAUUUUCAUAAAAAUAAAAAUUCCAUUAAUAUUUAUAAUAAAGAUAGAGAUACUAAUAUAGAAAAAGAAGAAGAUUCAUCAUAUAUAAAUAGUUUAAAAAACAGUUUUAUAUUUAAUAAUGAAACCAAUGAACAUGAGCAAAUACGAAGCUCCUCUUCAUAUAUUAGCUAUGAUGAAAAAGAAAAAAUAAAUUCUAAUAAUAAAUCUUAUAAUAACAAUGGUAUUAAUAAUUUUGAAAAUAAUAGUAAUAAUAUUUACAAAAAUUAUGAUUUUAAAGUAAAUUAUAAUAAUGAAAAUUUUUCUUCAGAAGAAAUAAAUACUCCAUUAUUUUCAUCUCCAUUUUCGUUUUUUAGUGAUAAUUAUAAUGAUUUAAAUAUAGCAAUGAAUCACUUUAAAAUAAUUUUUAAAAAUUAUAAUUUUAUUUUUUUAAGUUUUAAUGAUGGUACUAAUAUUUUACUGAAUUAUUUUUUAGAAAAAAUUUAUAAGAAAAGAAAAAAAAAAGGAAUGGAUGAACAUAUGAAUAGUCAAUUUAAUUUAAAUAAUGCUAAUGUAUAUAAAUAUCAUUUGCAGAAAUAUAAAGGCAAUGAAGAUAUAAAAAAAGAUUCAUGUGAUAAUGUAAAUGAGAAAAAAAAUAAUUCAAGAACAUUUCAAUCAAAUAGAAACGAAGAAGAAAAGGAAUUUAUAAAUAUACAAAAUAAGAAUAACAUAAUGAAUUUGUUUUUCAAAGACAAAAAAAAAUUAAAAGAAAAUAAGGAAAAAAAGCUUAUAGGACUCAAAAGAAGUAAUGUUGAAAUAAUAUCAGAUGAUUCAAAAAAGAAAGAAAAAAAGACAUUAUAUAAUAUAUAUGAUAAAGAGGAAGAAAAAGAAGAUAAAAUAGAUGAGAAAAAUUUAGAAGAUUCAAAUGGAAGUUUUGAUGAAGUUGAAGUUUUUAAUGAAGUAGUAAACGAACAAAUUAAGCAGAAAGUAAUACCAGAUGAAGAAGAAGAAGAAGAAGAAGAAGAGGACGAUAUUGAUGAAGAAAAAGAUGAAGAGGAAGAGAAAGUGGAAGAAAAAGAAGAUUAUGUUGUUUAUGACAAUUAUUAUGAAGAAGAUGAGAAUGAUAAUGGAGAAAAUGAAGGUGGUGAUGAAGAAUACUUAGAGGAGGAAAAAAUAAAAGACAUAAAUGAGAAUUUAAAAAAAGAGAAAUCAAAAAAAAAAAAUAACAAAAAAAACAUAGAAAAUCAUAAAAUAGAAAAAACCAAAAAUAAUAAAAAAAAAUGGAAAAGUGAAAAAAUUGAAUCUUUAUUAAGUUUAUCAAAACUUAAUAAUAUUUUUAAUAAAAGUACAGAUAUUAUAUUAGAAAAAAAUAAUGAGGAAUAUAAAAGUAAGGAUGAAAAGAACGAAAGUAAACUAUCCAAUUCCAGCAACACAAAAAUAACAAAAAAAAACAUGGAUUCAAAUACAAAUAAAGUUCAUUCUAACAAUAAAUAUACUAAUUUAAAUUUAACUAAUUUUACAUCUUUUAUUAAAAAAAAUAGUAAUAUUCAUCAAAAUUUUUCAGCAGAAAACAUUAAAAAGAAUAUAGAACAUCAGGUUAAAUCAAAUGAUAAUUUUUUAGAAAAUUUAAAAAAGAAAAAAAUAAAAUUAAAUGUUUUAAAAACACUUGGAAAUAAGGAUUCUAAAAUGAAAGAUGAUGCAUUAAAAGAUGCUUCAGGUUUUUCACAAAAAUUUCGAUAUAGUUUUUUUAAAAUAAAAAAUAAAUUUAAACAAAACUUUAACAAUUCUGAAAAUAAAAUAGCACAAGAUAAGAAAAUCGUUGAAAGAGAUAAAAUGAAUAUCAACUCUUUUAAUAAAAACAAAAAUAGAAAAGAUUCUGAAGAAAAUAGUAGCACAUUAGUGGAUUAUAAUUAUGAUGACUAUAGAAAAAAACAUACAAAAGAAUUAUGCAUUUUAAUUAAUUUUUCAUAUAAUAAUAUGUUUGAUAUAUUUAAUUAUCCGGACGACUUUACUGAAAAAAAAAAAAAAAAAUUCUCUUUAAUUCAUAAAAUUUUUUAUUCUUUAAAUGUAUUUUUUAAUUCAUUUUCAACUUUAAUAAAACAAAGAUAUUUUUUUAGUUGCACAGAAGAAUUAACUAAAUUUCUAAAAAUGUCUUUAUUUUUUAAUUAUGAUGGAAAAUCAAUUUAUAAUAUUAAUAGUCAAAAUAACAUGGAGAAUAAUAUUUUAUUUGGCAUUAAUAAAAAUUGUAGUAGCUGUGGAAUGAAAUUAAAAUAUUUAAACGAUUGCUAUUGUAUUUUACGUAAUGAAAACGACCUUGUAAAUAAUGUGUCUAAUAAUGGAAUAAACUGCACAAAUAAUUCAAAUAAUAUUAAUUUAGGAAGUGAUAGUUAUAAUUUACAUAAAUGUUACAAGGAUACAGGAAAUUGUAACAAAAGUUCUUUCAAUUCUAUUCCUAAUCACUCUAAUAAUAAUAAGGAUCCCAAUAAAACUUAUAAUAAAUGUAGUGAUAAUUUGAAUUAUAAUGUUAUUAACUGUAAUAAUAUUAUUAGUACUAAGAAUGAUUGUGCUAUUAUUUGUCAUAAUUGUAAUAAAAAUAUUAGUUGUAGAUAUAAUAUUACAAAUGAAAACGAUGAAUAUUGUACUAAUAAUAAUAUUUAUAAAAAUGAAUAUAUUUUUUAUGAUAAUUAUUGUCUAAAUGAUAUAAGCGAUAAAUUAAAUAAUCUUAGAAAUAGAAGAAAAAAUGAUAAAUCAUAUGAUUUAUCUAAGAAAAUAAAUACUAUAAUCAAAAACUCAGAAAAUUACUAUAAUUUUAUAAACGAAAAUAAUUCAUCUAUAAAUAAUGAAUAUUUAAUAAAAAGUAAAAAGAAAGAAAAAAAAAAAAAUUUUUGUGAUAAAAACAAUGAAGCAAGUGUGAAUAUCCCAUGUAGCAAGAGUAAUACUUUAGAAGAUAAUUUAGAUAAUAAUAACCUGAUAUAUAAUGAUAUAAAUAACCUAAAUGAUAUCAAUAUAAGAAAUCUAAAAAAUAUAAAAUACGAAGAUAAUUCUGAAAAUAAAAUAAAUAUUCAUUUUAAUAUUGAGAAAUUACAUGAAAAGUGGAAAGUAUAUUUUGAAAAUAACAAAUUAUGCUUAAGUAAUCAAGACUACUUUUUAUUUAAUCUGUCAUUUAUAUAUAAUAUAUAUAAUUACUUAAUAUUAAUAUAUAUAUGCACAUAUUUUAGAGAAGAUAGUUACUUUAAUUUUUGUGAUAAUCAGAAAUUUUAUCAAUUUAUUAAAAAAGUUCAUUCAUUUAAUAAAAAAAAAGAGUGUUGUUGGAGCAUUAGACAUUUAUGUGACACAUCUGUCAUACCCAAUUUUUUUGAUUUUAAAGAUUAUAAAUUAUUAAAAGCCUUUUUUUUUUUGUUACAGAAUUCUUCUAAUAUGUUUAUCUCUAAAAACAUUGAAUAUUUCAAUUUUCCCGUUGUCUUAAUUUUUUGUUCAGAUUCAAAAAAUUUUAAUUUUAAUCAUUUAGAUAUUAUUAAAAUUUCAAAAAACAACAAUAUUAUAUAUUUAUUAUACAAAAGAGGAAAUGAAGGUUUAUUUUUAUCAGGUUUAAAACCCUUUAUAUGGAUACACAAGGUUCUUUUUGAUUUUGUUGAAUCCAUAUUUUCAUCAAGUUAUGAUAAUUAA